AAAUGCUCUAUAUAAAUGAAAUAUUAUAUUUUUUCAAAUGCUUUUAUCAUAUGUGCAGUUCAUGGUGUUGAAUAUGCUUUCGGAGCACAUGACUAUCCAACAAGUGGUGUCUUUGAGCUUGAACCUCGUCAGUGCCCUGGCUUUAAAUUCAGAAAGUCGGUGUUCAUAGGAACAACAUAUUUGGAUCCUAUCCAGCUUAGAGAAUUCAUUGAGCGCCAAUCAGUAAACUACAAUGGUGACUCAUAUCAUUUAAUUGCCAAGAACUGUAAUCAUUUCUCCGAUGAUAUCUGUUACAGGUUGACUGGGAAGCGGAUACCUAAAUGGGUGAACCGGCUAGCAAGAGUAGGUUCGUUGUGCAAUUGCAUUCUUCCGGAAGCCCUCAAAACUUCCACGGUACAACAUGGCACAAAUGUGCAAAACUAUGACAGUGAGAAGAGGAAACUAAGAAGCUCUUUCAAUUGUUUGUCUUCAAUCUCAAUGCGUCAAGGUGAGAGAGAAGUAUCAAUGUCAUCGCUGUUCUUGCACUCUCACUAUAAAGGCUGCCUUCCACCUUGGGAAUCCAAAAAAUCUAGAAGCAGGUCUUUGAAGGAAGGAUAAGGUCUUUGUUAUUCUCUAUAUGCACAUCCAUUGUGAAUACUAACAUAAUAUUACUACGUAUUGCCAUCUGUGAGUGUGUUGAAUGGCAAAGUCGCACAUAGUGCUUGUUGGCUGAGAUUUCAUUUGGCUUGCCGGUGUUGAUUUUUGCCAUUCUCUGAGUUCAAAUUCUGGUGUUACAAGUUCUGCUAUCCAGUUCACAUUUUCAUCCUGCUGGAAGAUCACAUCGCUACGUCAGCAUCUUGAGUCACAGAAAUGUAUUUGUUUGUUAGUUCUCAGCCACUUUCUUAUUUGAUACUGAAAACAGAGAGGUUCUUGUUUUUUCUCGUGUAGAAAUGUAGGAGCAAUUUGCAAAUCUUUUUCUUACUCUUGGAUUUUGUAGCUUAUUAUCACUGCAACAUGAACUAUACUGGGAAGACACAACUGAGAGACUAGCUUAUUUUGAGCUUGAAAAAAUUAAGUGGUUACUCUUUCA